UUUGAAGCAUUUUGCAACUUCCAGCACUAAAAAUGAGGAUUUUAUUUAUAACGUUACUCGGGCUGAAAUUGACCGCGAAUGCAACGGAUCUAGAGCCAAGAAUAGUGCAAGGGAUACCAGUAAAAAGUAUGAAAAAAUUUGGCUAUACCGUGCACUUUGUAUCGAACGGAGAAGAACGGGUGACUUGUGGUGGAUCUAUCGUCAACCAGAGGACAAUACUGACAGCCGCUCACUGCAUCUGUGAUGCCCCUGACCAAGAGUUCUUCAUCAGGGUCGGUAGUUACCAUAAAAAUAGAGGAACUCUGUAUAACGUCAAAAAUACAGUAGUUCAUGAGAGGUACGAUCCGAUUAAACUACUCUACGAUAUCGGGCUGGCUGUCGUUGAUCGUGAUAUUAGACUGGGAUCCGAAGUAUACAGGGUGGCAUUGUCAAACACGCCUCCUAGAGCAGGGCUAGUCGGUACAAUUGCCGGAUGGGGUGUUUCUAAAAGAGAAGUAAAUGGACCUAUCAAAGGCGCGCAUGCGUUGCUUUACACUAAACAGAAAAUCUUACCACUUUAUAAAUGUAAGAAAAUUAUGAAGAUAGAAGUGAGACCUAAGACUUUUUGUGCUGGCGCGAAAAACGCAUCAAGUUAUCCAUGGCGGGGCGAUUCUGGCGGUGCACUGGUGGUGGAUGGCAGCUUGCAGGUGGGCGUACUGUCGGCGCACGCGGCGCCCGGCGUCACCCUUUACACAGACGUGUCGCAGUUCCUACAGUGGAUAGAUCUUCAAGCACGACGCUUGUAUUGCCAAUAAAUAAUUAUC